AUGUCGUACGGGCAGCAGAGUCAGAAUCCGUACCAUCAAGGUCCGGCCCAGGACGUGAACCAAGGCUACGGCCAGGACCAGUACGAGAUGCAAGACUACAACAGCCAGCAGCCUGCGGCCCUGACCCAACAAGACUUCCUCAAUCGCGUCCAGAACCUCCGCAACGACAUCAAGAGCCUCACAAACGACAUUGACUACAUUGGCCAGCUCCAUCAGCGCGCCCUCGGCAGCACCGACGGCCAGGCCAAGCAGCAGCUCGAGCAGUACGUCUCCCAGACCCAGAUCCGCAACACGGCGAUCAAGGACGGCAUCAAGGGCCUCGAGCGCGACCUCGCCCGCACCUCCGACUCGUCCCGCACCACGAAGAACACGCAAUUGCAGUCCCUCAAGACCUUUUUCAAGUCGGAGCUGGACAAGUACCAGAGCAUCGAGCGCGACUACCAGCACAAGUACCGCGAGCAGAUUGCCAGGCAAUACCGCAUCGUCAACCCGGACGCCACCGACGACGAGGUCCAGCAGGCCGCCGAGGCCGAUUGGGGCAAUGAGGGUGUUUUUCAAACUGCUCUUCGCACAAACCGCACCGGCCACGCCAGCUCCGUCCUGGGCAACGUGCGCGCGCGCCACAGCGAGCUGCAGCGCAUCGAGCAGACCCUCUCCGAGCUCGCCUUCCUCUACCAGGAGCUCGCCACCCUCGUCGAGCAACAAGACCCCGUCGUCCAGGCUGCCGAGACCAAUGCCCAGAACACGGUCGACAACAUCGAAAAGGGCAACGAGCAAGUCAAGCAGGCCAACGAGCACGCCCGCCGCCGCCGCAAGCUCAAGUGGUGGUGCUUCCUCGUCGUCGUCCUCAUCAUCCUGGCCAUCGCGCUGGGUGUCGGCCUCGGCAUCUGUCUUGGCACCAACAGGUGUAAUAAACAAGGCUGA